GGGACUCAGGAGCCCCAGAGGCAGGAGUGUCCCCAGACCCUGUUGUGGAAGAGGAGAGGGACAGUGACUCGGAGCUGGGUUCAUAGCAGGGCCUGUCGGCUGCUUUGCUUUCCUCUUUAUCCCCGAGCUCAGGAAAAGGCUCCAUGGCUUGGGAGGCUAUACACCUGCUGCUACCUGGCCUGCUGAUGCUCCAGGCCUCAGGUUCCUGGGGACAGAUCCCAGAGAUCCUGCAGAAACUGGAGGGCGAGGCCAUCUCUGUGACAUGCUACUACUCGGCUGAGCAGCACACGAAGCUGAAAACCUGGUGUAGGCAAACAGGGACCAACCUCUGCACCUUGCUGGUGGACAGUUCCCAGAGCUGGGCACAAGACCCCCGGUGCUCCCUACAGGAUGACCACCACUCUGCCCACUUCAUCGUCACCAUGAAGAGGCUCACAGUGAUGGACUCUGGUCUCUACUGGUGUGGUGUCUAUGAGUCUUCUGGAGUAUUCCCUCUCAGAACCAUCCAGCUCAUGGUGUCUCAAGCUCCCGUCCCAUCCUCCACCAGGAAUGCCUGGAAGACCAUAGCCCUGGCUUCUACCAGCAGCCCUGUCAAUGCCAGGCCCCCUGACAGUGGGAAGUCUGUGCUGUCGGGUGUGGUGGUGACCGUCCUGCUGCUGCUGCUGGCUCUCCUUGUGGUCCUGGGUCUCAGAAAAAAGCAGAAAAGAACCAGGAAAGGUAAAGAUGGAGCCCUGGAUGUCUGCAGCCUUUCAGUGCUGAAGGAGCCCACCGGCGCUGAUCAGCAGCCGACCUAUGAGGAGCUCACAGAAGCCAUCCACUACGCCUCACUCACUCACUUAAGCCCUGAGGAUCCCCUCUAUGCCAACAUCUACUGCACCAUGAAGCCCGCCCGAGACCUCAUCCUGUCUGUGGAAUACACCAGUGUGAAGAGGACUAAGCUGGGGAGUUCAGAGCCAGAUGAGCGACUAGGACCCAGAGGAGGAGGGAAGGACUCUGACGCUGAGCAUAUAAAUCCUUUAGAUGCUGAGCAGAAGAGGAUUUAAGGAAGAAGAUAGGAUCCUAAGGGAUCCUGGUAGGGGAAAGCCUGCAUCCCACAGUGCACAUGCUAGGGUAAGCCAGGUGCCGCGAGGAAACCCCUAAGAAAGCUUCUUUCUCCCUUCCAGUCCCGUACUAUACAGUUAGCCAAGAAAGCAUGCACGGAUCCCAGGACUCAUUCCUUGUAGGUAGCGAGCUCUGUUUUCCCGCAGAGCGUUAGAGAUUUUGUGGCUCCCCUACUUGGGCAGCAAAAGCGUCCGGAGAUGGCACAGGCAGUUGUUCUGGGCCAGACCAGCAGGUGGCAGUAAGACCCCAAUAGAGGAGGAAACAGGGUGGGUUAGAGACUCCUAAAUUCAGGAGGACACCCAAAGGUAAGCUGGCCACUUCCCUGGGGAAGUUUUCCUAGCUGCUCCAUUGUCUUCGUCUGGCUGAUUUCCUCUUCCUUGUCCACUUGCUGCAAUGAUCCGACGUAUAACCCACGCACAAUCAGGACUUUGGUGGGGUCCUGUCUCUUACAGAGUAGCGUUGUAGAAAAACCAGGCUGACACCAACCAAACUGAAGUCAGAUUACAGCUGUCGGUAUGGAAAGCCGCCCCAGGGAACUAAAAUAAAAUACACAAGCUUGACAUAUUUCCUAAAGUAUUGGAAAUCUCCCCCCGGCAGCUGUGCCCCUCUGGGGCAGGUGGAUGGACUGGGAGAAACUGCCUGUGGCUUGCAGCUCGAGAUUUAUAUAAUGAGUAAUGAUUGAUGUCACUGUUGGAUGUCAUUUACUUAAUAAGCAUCAUUACAUAUUGAAUCGUAAUUCAAUGCAUAGUCCUUUUUAGAUGAGUGGAUGUAUAUUUUGAAGCCUUAUUUUUAUUUAUUUGAAAGGCAGAGAGUAACAGGGAGAGAAAACUCCCACUGACCCAGGCAGGGCCAGGCUGAAGCCAGGAGUUUGCAACUCCAUCUGGGUACCCCACAUGCAUGUAGGGACCCAAGG